ACUUUAGUAAAUGUAUUAUUUUAACAAACAGAGUUUUCUUUUUCAAAAUGACCAGAAGCAGUCAAGGAGCAGAGAGGACUUCGGUGUUAUUGUGUUUUCAUGUUUGUGUGUUGUAGGUCUGUGCUGCAUGAUAGCCGUCUCCUGGUACGCCUACAGAGUCGUGCAGGACUUCCACAACCCGUUCUUUGGUGGAGUGAAGUUCGAGCUGAGUACUGGUCUCUACCUGGGAUGGGGCGGAGCCUGUCUGUCCAUACUGGGCGGAGGUUUCCUCUGCUCCGCCUGCAAGAGAGCGAGACCUGACGGAAAGAAAAGCGGUUUCUAUGGAAACAAGCCCCCGAGGGUCUACACGGCUACCGCCAAGUCGGAUCCAGAUUCAGCCAGAGCCUACGUCUGAACGCACAUCCGGACACUUUGAGGACGUUGUUCUGUCUCACAUUCGCUUCCUGACGUCCUGAUUCCAGCAAACUACUAUAACAAAGUUUAACCCUAAAAAUAAGGAGACCAGCUGUCUGUCCCCAAAUGGGAGGACAGUCCCCACGAAGUGAUGAUUACUGAAAACAAACAUGUCUGCUGACAUAGAAUAUGGACAUGUAGUAUAAUGUCUCUUUAAAUGUGGACAUGUAGUAUAAUGUCUCUAAUAUGGACAUGUAGUUAUUUUUCUGUCCUUUUGAAAUAUUUGCUUAUUUUUUUAAAGAGUUUUUUGUGAAAUCUAAAUCUAGAGAACACAAACAUGGUGGUUAGUGAUUCUGUAAUUCUGUGUGGAGUUUAUUAUUAUCGAAAUAAAGUUUUUAUGAAACCUAA